AUGGAUAAGGGAAAUUUGAAUGGUGUUAUCUUUCUUGACUUAAAAAAAGCAUUCGAUUGUGUUGACCAUAGUAUUCUAUUAAGAAAACUUUAUAAUUAUGGCAUAAGAGGAAAAUCAUUUCAAUGGUUCCAGUCCUAUCUCUCCGAUAGAGUACAAAUGUGUAAAGUUAACCAAACAUUAUCUAACAAAAGAAUCGUUAAAUGUGGUGUGCCACAGGGCUCAAAUCUUGGCCCAUUAUUGUUUUUAUUAUAUAUAAACGAUCUUCCAAAUUGCUUGUCUUCAUCGGCUGCUAGCAUGUUUGCCGAUGAUACAAAUAUUUCUACACAUGGCUCAUCAGCGGCAGAAAUUCAGGAACAACUAAACCAUGACUUAGACAACAUACACCAAUGGUUGCUGGCUAAUAAGCUUACUUUGAAUAAAGAAAAGACCGAAUAUAUGGUAAUUGGGUCUAGACAAAGAUUAUCUAAAGUAUUAAAUGAGCCGGAAAUCCACGUAGGCGAAACAACAAUUAAACGAGUAAGCUAUUCUAAAACUCUAGGCGUUGUUAUAGAUGAGAAUCUUACUUGGGAAAGGCAAAUCGAAAACAUACAGACUAAAAUGUCAAAAGGUAUCGGCAUGUUACGGCGAAUGAAAAAAAUAAUUCCUAAAACAACAUUGAAAAAA